CAGAAGUCAGAUCGGCAAAGCAGUGCGUCUGACCCGUCGCUGCUUUUGAAUGACCGAGACAAAACCAGCAUCUGCUCUUUCUUCGGGGCUAACGAUGAUCGACACGGGAUAGCGGAUUCAUGUAUCGGAAGUACUAUUUGGUAGAGGUGGUUAUCUUGCUUCUUCUAUCCCACGGCGGUUGGAAUGGGCCUUCAGUCACUUUACUUUCUUGUACUUCUGAAUCUUCCAAACUCGUCAGAGAAGUCGUUCAGAAGCGCUUCCUGCCGAUUGUGGAACGAUACAGAGUGUCACUUCCCAUGGAUUGCCCCCUGCAUCCUCAGCGGGACAUGUUCUGGUGGCUGCAAACCGAGUUGGAGGCGACGAAGACGCCAGGAGAAGACAUUUGGAACUGUCCCGUUUGUGGACAGAAAUUCCGAUGCGAGAAUACGUUUGUGACACACUGGGAUGCCUCCCACUCCAAGACAAUGGGAAUGACGGAGGAAACAGUGUGCCUUGACGACUACUGUGAUGUAUUCCGCUGCGAUAUCCUUCGUCAAAAGGUGCAGAGGCAACGACGAGAAGAGGAAAAAGUGUUGCAGAAAGCCAUUUCGGACCGGUCCGGCUACUUGACGAAUCUCGUGGCUGGGCAGAAAUCUCCGAAGUCCGAAGAGGAGGACACGAAAAUCAAACUCAUGAAGUUACAGUGUGAUCCAAAAGCCAUGCAUCGGCUGCAGAACAAAUGCAGGUCUCUAAUACGACAGUGUACAAUAGGAAUGCUGUCGAAUUUGUCUUCAAAAGAUUUUCAAGACAUAGAAGAUGAUUUGGAUCAAACCAUAUGCUCUUUCUUAACCUGCGAGAAAUAUUGGGACGACUUUGAUUCUCGUGUUCACAAUGUUCCAGUAGUCAUACUAGCUAUCUUCGGACUGAUAAUAACCAGUUUAUUCUGCUUCUGUUAUUACGGAACAUGGGUCUUAAUUGAGUGA